CUAUCAAAAGGACCCAAACAACAUGUACCGGAAACUCUGAGAGCAUGAAGUAAAUAUUGGAGUUAACGCUCAAAUUAUCCGAUUUUCAGCUCUUUCAGACACUUCAGAGUGGAGAAAAUGAAUAACAUGUCCCCUGAGGUUGCACUGCACCGGAUCUCGCCUGAAUUGCGGCCCUUGCUGUGCAGCGUAGUGAGGAACGGCCGUGUGGGACUGGACUCCACAAACUGUCUCCGUGUCACAGACCUCAAAACCGGAUGUACAUCUCUGACUCCUGGUCCUUCCUGUGACCGCUUCAAACUUCACAUCCCCUACGCUGGAGAAACUCUAAAAUGGGACAUCAUAUUCAACGCACGGUAUCCAGAGUUGCCUCCAGAUUUUAUUUUUGGAGAAGAUGCCGAGUUUCUCCCCGAACCCUCUGAACUACCGCACUUGGUCCAGUGGGAUGCAGGGAACCCUGAAUGUUUGCUCCAGCUGGUGAAGGAGCUUAUCCAGCAGUACCACCACUACCAGUGUCAGCGUCUGCGCGAGAGCUCCAGGCUCCUGUUUGAGUAUGACAGCCUGCUGGAGGAUCCCAACUACGGCCGCAACAUGGAAAUUUACGCCGGACGCAAGAACAGCUGGACGGGAGAGUUUUCAGCCCGGUUCCUUCUUAAACUCCCUGUGGACUUCAGCAACAUCCCCGUCUAUCUCCUUAAGGACACAGCUCUGGACCCGGGAGAGGACGUGGCCCUUCUCUCAGUGAGCUUCGAGGACGCUGAGGCCACCCAAGUCUUUCCCAAACUCUACCUUUCCCCCAGCAUCGAACAUGCCCUGGGAGGCUCCUCUGCACUUCAUAUCCCAGCAUUCCCCAGUGGAGGAUGCCUUAUUGACUACGUCCCUCAAGUGUGCCAGUUACUCACCAACAAGGUGCAGUAUGUCAUCCAAGGCUAUCACAAGAGGAGAGAGUACAUCGCUGCCUUCCUCAGCCACUUUGGAAUGGGCGUGGUGGAGUACGAUGCUGAGGGAUUCACGAAACUCACCCUUCUACUCAUGUGGAAAGACUUUUGCUUCCUAGUGCACGUGGAUCUCCCGCUGUACUUCCCCAGGGACCAGCCCACCCUCACCUUCCAGUCUGUGUACCACUUCACCAACAGCGGUCAGCUUUAUUCUCAGGUGCAGAAGUCGUAUCCCUAUAGCCCGCGCUGGGACGGCAACGAGAUGGCCAAGAGGGCAAAGGCAUACUUCAAGAGCUUCAUCCCUCAAUUCCAAGAGGGAGCCUUUGCCAACGGGAAACUCUAGUGCUCUCUAGCUUAAUGACAUGCCUGGAGAGUUGCCUGUGGGAGUGUGUAUGUGAGUGUGUGUGUGUGUGUGUGUGUGUGUGUGUGUGUGUGCGUGUUUGCGCAUGCCAUUGUGUACCUGUAUGCACAGACUUACAGUACAUUUCAGAAAUGAACAGUACGGUGAGAAUUCACACUCUGUAAAUUCCACAUUGUUUGGCCUUGAAGUUGUUGCCUCUUUGUCAGACCUUCACUUGUUGUUGUACCUGUAGAGAGAAGCCACUUUGCUGAAGGAGUUUAAAUGGUCCAGGCACUGCAGCGUGCUACAGCUGAAACCUGGCUGUAAAGGUGAUGAUCGCUGAUCGCUGUUGCUGCCACAGUAAAGGGCCUUUAUUUUGUAAAGAAACUCCGUACUCUGAGAGGAGUUUCAUUCGACAAGCUGUACUGUACAAAUCUGUCUGAUCCACCUAACAGUAAAUAAUAUUUUAUUAUGUUGUGCCAAUGACGCCUGGCUUCAAGCAGUCAAACCACAAAGGUAUGGGGCUCACAACACUCCAACCAGAGGAGCCGUGCUGUGAACAGAUAUUUGUUGAUAUGUAAACAACAUGUAAACUAUUAACUAGACAAAGAGCCGCGGGGUGGGGGGGGGUGCAAAACAGCUUUGUUUACUGUUUGUUUGCCUUUGUCACUCACACGAUUGUCAAGUUUGGCUGCACUGUCAAUGUUUAAACGAUCUCCAAUUUGCCUUUUAUUUGUUAAAAUGCUGUAUGUUUUAUUUGACUGCUUGAAGCCUUGUCAAAUCUUUUACUGACACGUUGACAGUACUGUAAGUUAAUAUGUUUUGUCAACAUUUCUAUCCAGUAAAUAAGUGUGUCUCCUCUGACAGUGUGUCGUUUUCUGUAUAGCCUGCAUUUUUGUUUGUUUGUUUUUUUUUGUUGUUGUUGUGUUAGUUGGAAAUCAGUACUGGAAAAAUGGAAAUGGAUUAAUGACACAGAAAUACUUGUCAUGGCAUUUAAUACAAACCCAAAAAUGUCUGGAAAUUUAAAGAUUAUGUCUAAAAAAAAAAAAAAAAGUCUAGAAACUGAUUUGAAACAGACAAAAAAAUAUCCAACGAUCACCAACAUCGUCAGGAUUCAUCAUCUGGGAACCAUGAAUUUCUGUUGAUGCAUCCAGUAGCAGAUGUUAAGAUGUUUCAAU